CGUCAAUCCGUCAAAAUUUUUAGUCAAGUCCAUGCGUCACGUAAAGCAUAGCGUCCGAAAUGGCCCUCACCAAUUUUGUCUAUCGUCAAAUACGUCCAGUCCAAGUCAAAACUGUCAGUCUUGGUCAAGUUGUCCGUCUCGUCUCCCUGUCUGUCUGUCCGUCGCAUCAUGUCUGUCCUGUGUGUCCAGCUAAACGUCCCUCAUAUUGUCUUGUCGUCUGAUCAAACGCUUCUAGUCGAGCCAAAUGAUCCAUGUGCAACGGUAAAGGCGAAAAUCUUAUCACUAGAGCGAGACAUCUCUAAAAAAGAAGGCCAAAUCGAAGUAUUGAAAGCACAACUUCGAGGAAAAGAUGUAAAUGUACGUAAACUCUUCGCCGAAAAUGCUAUUCUUAAAAAGGAAAUGGGGCCUGAUACGUUUGCAAUGGACAAAAGUCGGUCAUUGAGUCAAUACAGUGACAAAUGCAAGUUAUUUUAUCACGCGACUGGAGGUCAAAACAGGGCAUUUCCUAUGAAUGGAGGAUCGAUGCACCGAAAGGCACGAACAUGAGGUGUCAUUUUUUUGAGGAUCAUCAGCGAAUGAUUCUGUGCUCACGUUUAGGGGGUAGUAUUUUUUCUGGAUUCUGAAGGACGUAGUUUGGCACUUGAUAAAUACUUGGUAAUUUUUCAGUUUAUUUCGUGGUGAGUGUAGGUUUGUAAGUUGUGCACUCAGGCCUUUCUAAUCUAAUGAGGUGGAGCAAAAGAGCUAAUCAUUUUUAAAAAAAAAAUAAAAAUAAAUAGAGAGUAAACGAGAAAAAAUUACAAUCACCCUAAAAAAGUAGGUUUUACACAUUACAUUGAUUGUUCGGCAAAAUGGAGAGCAUUAGAUGCGGUUCGCUUGUAUGGUCUGUGGCGUUUUUUCGAGUAUUCUAAAGUGUAUUAAUAAUGUGAGAUACUCUAUUA